AUGGAUUUUGCCUCGUUAAUGUCCAAAGAGAUUGCCAAAUCCAAACCACCAGCGAAACAAUCCUCCCAGACGGAACAAAACCAGCAGUAUGUGCGCCGUUCCGAACUUGAAACCGCACGCGUCGCCGCGUACAAUGCAGAGCAGGAGAGAUUACAAAGAGAACGAGAAGAGCGCGCGGAGCGAAAGAGAAAACUAGACGAGGAAGAGGCGGAGCGAAAUAGGAUCCGUGAGGAGAAGCGGCGGCGGCUUGCCGAGGAAUCGAGACGGAGGAGAGAAGCGGAAGAGGCGGCGAAGGAGGCGGAGAGGAGGAAAAGGCUGGGGCUGAGUGUCACGCCUGCAGAGGAGAAUGGUGAGAGUGGCAAGGAGCAGACGCCUUUGGAAGGCGAAGAGAUUGUUGGCCAGGAAGAAGUUGUGGAGAAACUGAGGAGUCUGGGCGAACCGAUUCGGUUAUUCGGAGAGAGUGAUAAGGGUCGGUUGAAGAGGUAUAGACGCCUUGUGCAGAGAUCCGCUACGCCGCAGAAGCAACUGUCCGAUGGCCCGAUACCUACGACUUUGGAGCUCCUUCCGGAGGCGGAAAUGAAAGUACCAGACAAGGUCCCAGAGGAUGAAGAAGGGAAAAAAUAUCUUUUCAGACAGCUUGCGUCUUAUUUUACGAUGGUUUUAAAAGAGUGGGAAAUUGCUUUGUCCAAGAGAGACGAUAGCGUCAAAAGCACGUUUCAAGGCCGUCAGACAUACAAUGCUAUGGUGCAGUCGAGGGAUAAUAUGAAACCUUUGUUCAAGAAGUUUGAAAAUGCCGACGUUGAAGAGGGUAUUUUAGGACCCAUUGUCGAAAUUGUUAGAAAUGCGCAGAAUCGCCGGUACGUCGAUGCUAAUGAUGGGUAUUUGAGAUUGAGUAUCGGAAAAGCCGCUUGGCCUAUCGGUGUUACCAUGGUUGGUAUCCAUGAACGUUCUGCACGGGAAAAGCUUCACGAAGGUGGUCAAGACAAAGCCCAUAUCAUGAGUGAUGAGAUAACCAGGAAGUUCCUUCAAAGUAUUAAACGAUGCCUUACCUUCGCACAAGUCCGCUGGCCGCCUGACGAUCAGCUGCAGCUUAUGGGUUGAGGCCUGCGAUUUGGUCAGAGUGCUAGGAAUAAAGAAAAAUCAGCCCCAAUCUCAAUUCCCGCCUGCCUAACUUUAAAAUUGUUUUGCGACAACCGAUUAGCAGAAAGGUUUUUCGAGAGCGUUUUGUUUUCACGCCUCAAGUCAUCCCAUUUGUGACGAAACCGUAAGUGAGAGUUGGUAUAUAGUGUAUUCCAGGAAUCCGGAGUACCGUGUCGCACGAAGCCAGAUCUAUUACAUCUGAUGAGACAGAAAAAUUGUCCUAUCAAGGCCAACCCCAACAUUAAAGUUGCCAUUAAUGGACAGUCUCUAGUAAACAUAUACGUGGUGGUAGUUGUCGCGUUUUAAAUUUCCAGGAUUGCCUAGUUAUCCAUGGCAUAGGUGAUAGCUCGCAAAGA